GACAGCUUAGCACAGCUGAGUCGGACAGCAUCAAUACUGCAUGCAAUCUCCCUUCAGGAGGGUCAGGAUCCCGGACUGACUGCGAAGGGUAAAACUCCUGAGAAGCGGAUGAAGAAACUCCUCCUGCUUCGGUUCACAUACAGAGGACUUGUCAGAAAAGGGAAAAAGAGCAAAAGAAGAAAAUGGCAAAUUUUAAUUUGCGGAAGGCCCAACCAAAUGAUGUACCAGACAUAUUACGACUCAUAAAGGAACUUGCUAAAUACGAGGAGAUGGAGGAGAAAGUAAUUUUGACAGAGAAAGAUUUGCUGGAGGACGGAUUCGGAGAUCACCCGUUUUAUCACUGUAUCGUGGCUGAAGUCCCAGGAGAGCAGCAGAAAAGACAGCAUCAUGCAGUGAUUGGAUUUGCCAUGUACUACUUUACUUAUGAUCCUUGGAUUGGAAAAUUGCUCUACCUUGAGGACUUCUUUGUAAUGGAAGAAUACAGGGGAUUUGGAAUUGGGUCUCAAAUCCUGAAGCAUCUCAGUCAUAUGGCUGUGAAGACUCGCUGCAGCAGCAUGCAUUUCAUCGUGGCGGAGUCCAACAAGCCGUCCAUUGAGUUCUACAAGCGGCGCGGGGCCUCUGACCUGUCACUGGAGGAGGGCUGGCGGCUCUUCAAGAUCGACAAGAAGCACCUUCUCAAGAUGGCGGUGGAAGAGUGAGCGAGCCAGCACGCGACUGAGCUGGCCCGGCACCUGGCCGGUCGUGAACACAGGAGAAUCCCUCACAGGGUUCUCUGGCUCUGUGGGGCUUAACUUGUUCAUUGUCGUCAUUUAAUUGUCAUUUAAUUGUUAUUGUUUUGCAAAGACAUUUUUAUUAGGUAGUGACUAGAUUCAGUAACCAUCAUCUGUCAUGUUUUUAUUUGCCAUAGAAUCUUUCUGGAAUGAUUUUUAUAGUUGCUUUUAAAAUAUUUUAAAUCCUACUUAGUUACUUUAUCACACAUCCUACCCUAUCAGUGUGCUCUAGGGAGGGUUUUUCCAUAUAGUGCAUUGUACUAGAAAUAUGAUCAUUAGGUUGUGAAUAAAAAAAGCUUUUCUUGA